GCAGCCGCAAGGGCCGCAGCCAUGAACGGGACCGAGGGCCCAAACUUCUACGUGCCUUUCUCAAACAAGACGGGCGUGGUGCGCAGCCCCUUCGAGUUCCCGCAGUACUACCUGGCGGAGCCAUGGCAGUUCUCCAUGCUGGCCGCCUACAUGUUCCUGCUGAUCAUGCUCGGCUUCCCCAUCAACUUCCUCACGCUCUACGUCACGGUCCAGCACAAGAAGCUGCGCACACCCCUCAACUACAUCCUGCUCAACCUGGCCGUGGCUGACCUCUUCAUGGUCUUCGGGGGCUUCACCACCACCCUCUACACCUCUCUGCACGGAUACUUCGUCUUUGGGCCCACAGGCUGCAACCUGGAGGGCUUCUUUGCCACCCUGGGCGGUGAAAUCGCACUGUGGUCCUUGGUGGUCCUGGCCAUCGAGCGGUACGUGGUGGUGUGCAAGCCCAUGAGCAACUUCCGCUUCGGGGAGAACCACGCCAUCAUGGGCGUCGCCUUCACCUGGGUCAUGGCUCUGGCCUGCGCCGCACCCCCCCUCGUCGGCUGGUCCAGGUACAUCCCGGAGGGCAUGCAGUGCUCGUGCGGGAUUGACUACUACACGCCCCACGAGGAGACCAACAAUGAGUCGUUCGUCAUCUACAUGUUCGUGGUCCACUUCAGCAUCCCCCUGGCCGUCAUAUUCUUCUGCUACGGGCAGCUGGUGUUCACCGUCAAGGAGGCAGCUGCCCAGCAGCAGGAGUCGGCCACCACUCAGAAGGCCGAGAAGGAGGUCACCCGCAUGGUGAUCAUCAUGGUCAUCGCUUUCCUGAUCUGCUGGCUGCCCUACGCUGGGGUGGCGUUCUACAUCUUCACCCAUCAGGGCUCUGACUUUGGCCCCAUCUUCAUGACCAUCCCGGCUUUCUUUGCCAAGACUUCCUCCGUCUACAACCCCGUCAUCUACAUCAUGAUGAACAAGCAGUUCCGGAACUGCAUGGUCACCACUCUCUGCUGUGGCAAGAACCCGCUGGGUGACGACGAGGCCUCCACCACCGUCUCCAAGACAGAGACCAGCCAGGUGGCGCCUGCCUAAGCCCCUCCAGGGACUCCGUGGCCAGCCGCAGGAGUCCCUCAGCCCCCACCCCACCCCAGCCUCAGCAGCUCCAUCAGGAGCUGCGCCUGUUGGAACCAGCUCUCACAGGCUCCCUGAGUGUAAACACAAAAACCAACCAACCAAAUGCAAAAGAAUCAACGAGAGAAACAGGAGGCGCCUCACGUGGCAGGGGCGGCCCGAUCUGGAGUCCUGAUUUCCCAGGGGCCCGUUGUAGCUCCACUCCCCCCAGCUCAUCUCUCAGCUACACAAGAGCUCUUGUUCUGGAAAAGUGUCCCAGCUUAGGGAUAAGUGAGUAGCACACGACGGGGCACGCCAUAGGUGCUUAUUAAUAAAUGCUAGGUGGAGGAAGGAAGGAAUGAAUGGAGACGUGAAUGGAGAGAUGAACAGGUCGGGAGGGCAUAGGCAUCCUCUUACAACAUGUUAGCAGCAAUAGCAGCAGCUUGCCCUUGGCUCCUGACCUUGAGCAGUUGUUUUGUCCUUGGGCCUCACUUUCUUCCCCCAUACAAUGGGAAUUCCAAAUCUCUCCUCACACGGCUGCUGGGAAGAUCAAAUGAGAUUGUGUGUGUGUGUGCACGCUCGCGUGUGUGAGCUCUUUGUAAAUAGUAAGGAGCUGGACAGACUGUAGUUAACAUUAUGAAUAAUAUCAAGUAAUAUAAGUAAUUCAUCUCCUAUGAUCAUCUCCUCUUGAUAGCGACCAUUUUGAGAUUGGGCAAGGCCCUAAGCAUCCAGCCUCGUCAGGCUUAUAAACAUUAGACAGAUGGCAAGGCCAGACCAGUGCUGGGUGGUGGGCCACAGGGAAGGACAGUCAAGGAAAUGCAGAGUGCAGUCAUCAGGCCUGAGAAGAAGACAAAAACCAAAAAAAACAACAUCAGAGGACCAGAGUCUGGGGCCAGUGCACAGCCCCCAUGACGCGGGCCACUCCCUUCCAGUGCAACCCCCAGAGAGACAGGUCUUGCUCUCGGCAUCUGAAAAACCACUAGCUCUCCUGCCCAGCACCCAGACUGCAGUAUCUCUGGGCCUGUACGGAGCUUCUAGAAGUUAUGUUUACCUGCCCACAUUUAACGAAGAGCUGGGUUCCCAACAUCACCUUUGUCUCAAAAAGAGCUUAAAAAACAAAAGCAUGGGAAAUCUGGCUGGACCCACCUUCCCCCGGGGAAGUUCACAGAUCACAGAUUUUAGCUCCCUUGCUGGGCAAGCCUUCAGCGGCUCCAGUCCAUUCUCCACUCCGGAGAGUCUUUGCUGCUGAGAGGCUGGCUGGGAGUCUAGGACAUCAGAAUCCAGCCACCUCAUAACUGCCCCUCCUCCACUACAUAACCAAAGCAGGAAGCUCUACCUCUCCCCAGCUCUGCCUGGAGACGAAGGCAAAUUGGGGUAUUAAAAGCUCAGCUCCUAUCCUUGGUGUUAGUGGCGGUGGUUUUUGUCAGUCUCAAGCUCUUUAUCUACAGGAUGGAUGGAAACGGGGCAGUGUUCAUCUGAUCCUUGACCCUGGGGUUUCUGGGUUUGAGCAACCAUCAGAGCCCCCUGGGAGUGCUUUAGGCUGGUGCCCCCUGGGGAGCAGGCCCAGGAAUGGGAAAAGCUCCAACCUCGGAGUCACAGAGAUCCAGGUGGCCUGUGAAACUGCAAGCAAAUUUUGUCACCUCUUGGAAGCCUCCUUAUCAGCAAAAGGGGAUCUUAAAACUGACCUUAAUGAGAUUUCAGGCUUUAUGCAGCCAAUGUGCUUCCUGGGCUCAGCAGAUGAUGAGAGGCUUUUUGCAUUACUGGAGCUCCAGGCUUGGCCCUACCAGGGACCUCAUCUGAAGGGGGAAUGGGAUGAAGGUGUAGCUCCCAAAUGACCAUUCUCCUCCAAGGCGGGAAAAGGCAGCAGGAGUCUGAGAAGGGAGAUCCUUCGUGCCAUGGAGGGGCUGGGGCAGGUAAUAGCUGGGAACUCUGUCAUUGCCCCUCUCUACUCUGUCUCCCUAGGUGGGUGAUGUCAGUCAGGAUUCCUUUAUCUGCAGGAGGCAGGAAAUCACACUCAAUAGCACCGAAGCAAAAGGAAGACACGAUUUGCUCCCAUAAAUGAAAAGCUCAGGGCUUCAGGUAUGCCUGGGUGCAGGUGCUCAGAUGAGGUCACCUGGCUUUUGAGGGGGCUGUACUGGGUCUUCCUUGCUGUGCGCUGGCUUUCUCUACCUGUAGUGAGCGGGGGCCACCCUUCCCUCUGGUGCUAGGGCUCCUCAUCACGAUGGCUUUUCUCGUUGCUGAGAUCGGGCUCCAGGGCACACGAGCUUCAGUGAGUAGCUAUGGCUCAUCCACUCAGCUGCCCUGGAGCCUAGGCCAGAGAUGGAACCUGCGUCUCCUGCACCGGCAGGGGGGACUCAACCCCUGGGCUGCCAGGGAAGUCCGUGUUAUCUGGCUUCUAGGUCUCCCUUUGGCUGCACUUUCCUCUGUGCUGCCUUUCCGUUCAGUCGCUCAGUCGUGUCCGACUCUUUGCAACCCCAUGAACCGCAGCAUGCCAGGCCUCCCUGUCCAUCACCAACUCCCGGAG